GCAGUGCCGAUACAGUGAAUCUGCUGCUGUUUGUAUGAAGAGAACAUGUGUCCACGUCUAGUCUUUGUGAUGGGCAGGAGGCAGGGAAGGAGCGAAAGGGUUGAUAAAUUCCGUGGCUUUAGCGUGGGUGGGUGGCUUUCUCCACGUCGUGAAUUGGCAAUCGCGUUCGGUCGCGUCGUUCACCGUUCACCGUCGUCAGCUCGUCGAGAACGAGUCUCACCAUCUUCGUCCAACAUACCGAUCCAUGUCAGUCAUGGAAGAGCAUACGAACGAGACACUCGGACAGAGGGACUCGUCUGAGCCCGAGUCUCCAUAUGCAGCGCAAGCCGAAACCGAAGCCUCGCUGGUAUUGAAGGCGACGGCCAAUAGCUAUCCUUUCCUGGUCCACUCGACCGAUACUCUGGCCAACAAUCGCCCUCCCAAUGUCGACAACAAGCCGUUGGCUCGCCAGAAGCGGAGAAGGACAAGUCCUGAUGACCAGAAAAUACUCGAGGAGGCCUAUGCAAAAAACUCCAAGCCAGACAAGGCCACUCGCAUGGACAUUGUGAGUCGCGUCGCGUUGGGAGAAAAGGAAGUCCAGAUUUGGUUCCAGAACCGUCGCCAGAGCUCGCGUAGAAAGUCGAAGCCAUUGGAUCCUCGCGAGAUGGCCCAUUUCCAGCCCUCGUUCUCCUCUCCGCUCGACACUCAGACAACAGAUCCCCUCGAAGACACGUCGAUAAUCCAGGAUGACGCGACUCAGACUGCCGAUGCACACUCAAUACCACACGAGAGGAGUGCUCCUUCUGCCACCCAGAACGCUUCCACGUCCUUCGUCGAAGUACCCAGUUCGCAGCCCGAAGGCGCAUCUCAGGACGCGGCAUCAAAAGCAGGUUACUUGUCUAACAGACGUAACAAUGCUUCCUUCACUGCCAUGGGCUCUCAGGAAGCACCAACAGAUAGCCAGGAGCCACCGACAAAGCGUCUGAGAAAGUCGGAUUCAAAGAUCCGCUUGUCAAUGACGGCAGAUGGCGUUGCUCGUGUCAUGGAGGGCGACGACCUUACAUCCUCCCCUCCUCGAAAGCUCCCUCCUCCUGUUACCGCUAGCAAUGCUUUUGACGAGCCUGCCAGUCAGUCCAACGACCUGUAUCGUACAAAUAGUCAGAUCAGUCUUUGUGACACGCCGGGCAGCCAGGAUGGCGGCUCCGCUCUUCGACGCAAGCCUAGUGGUCGAUCGCGCGACUCACGCGUGUGGUCCUUCUUCGCUGAUCGUGGUGCUCGUAGUGAGCUCGAGGAUCGUGCCAAACAAGAAGCCAGUGGUGAUGCAGCUGAGGCCAUUUCUCUCCUUCGUCAACAGGAGAAAGAUCGCGCUUGUAAUCCCCUGACUCGUGUACCUUCGUUGAAGCGUCUCAAUCCCCAGACCAUCUCCAAUGAGGAUCGUGCCGUCAAGCGUCUGCGUCAAAGCCAGUCUUUCAACGCACCACCUCCUUCGUCAGCUCCUUCCGCUGUAGCUGCAACACCCUUCCGCCAACCCCUGAUGCAACGCUCUUCUUCAGUACGUAACGUGCAAUCUGCAAACAAACGCACCACACAUCACGAUCCCCUCCUCCUCGCCAAAACACCAAAGCUCAAGCAAACACCUACCUUUGAGAUCUCAGCCACAGACUCAGACAAGGAGAACUGGAGCCCCGGAGAUCGCCCCUCGGCUUUCAUGGACCGUCACUUUUUGCAUCAGAUGGCGACCUCACCCGCCAUGAUGCCGUCUACUGUCAAGCGACCCCGUGCCCACGCAGGCUUUCACGAAACACCUGCCCCUCGCAGUCGCGGCAAGCAUAGUAGAAGCCAAGUCGAGCCUUUGGAGGACGAUGACGAUGACGACGAGGAUGUCAUGCAAUUCAUGAACCAACCCAGUAGUGGUGUCAGAAAGGACAAGGCUCAUCGUGCUCUUGAGAGAGACGAACGUCAGAGUUCGGAAGAGGAGGAUUUGAACUGUGUUGAAGGUUUGCUCAAGUUGAGUCAGGGUAAUUGGGGUGGCAGAUGAUCAUGUGCUGGGACGAUGAUUGAUGUUUUGGAGUCUUACUGUUUCUUUGCUUUUGCUUUUCGUAAUGUGCUGCGUUGCUUGCAUGGAAUCGGCAGAAGAGAUGGAGGCAUUAUGUGGGUGUUUUUGUAGAGUUCUGCUCCGUUUGCUGGUCGUUGCUCUGUUUUUCUCGGUGGUUGACGACCGGACCUCAGUCGGUCAGUCUGGUGUUCAAUGGUGUUGGUCUAUGUCAGAGGGAGAGGUGCAUGUGGAGCGUAGCUAGCUUGACAAAUGUGACGGUGUCUUUUGAUUCAUCGAGAAUUUACAGUGAUGUUGA